UUGUUGUUCGACACAUUUAUAAGCCAUUUUUUUGUUGUUGUUAACGUUUUCUUUUACUUAUAUACAAAGUUGACAUUUACAAAAAAAAUUGUUCGCUUUAUAUAGCAUAUAAUACAACUUGUGACUCUAGUCGAUAAUUAAUAAAAAACGUUAUAAUAAUAGAAAAUCACAACUUGUGACUUUUGUCAAUAAUUAGCACGCUAAUUAAUAAUGACACACAACAACAUCUUUUAAAAACUCUAAAACUAAAUAUUUGCAAAAUUGCAUCUAAGCAAUAAAUGAAGAAAGUAUCCAACGAUUAAUAGAGAAAAUGUAUGAAAUAUUAUCAAGGAGCUGUAUGCAGUGAGUUAUAUGGGGAGGGAAGUUUGUUUUCUUUAGAAAAAAGAAUUCACUCCAGUAAGCAAUGAGAUUCAUGAUUUUCUAAUAAAAGUAGCUUUUUUAAAUUUAGCUGUUGCAGUUAACUAAGUGUUGAAGCACAUAAGGAAACAAUUCUGACAUCAUCCAACGCAAUAAAUAGCAAUAUAAAGUAUCAAAAAAAACUAUCAAAAUUGGCGUUUUACAUGUAGAGAGUAUUGCUGAUUGUUAAAUUGUAUGGGCUAAAAUGGAUCAGUAUUAUCGGACCUGGUCAAUGAAAAACGAAUUUGAUUGUUUAGACAUUGAAAGACUUCCUCAAGAUGUCAUAAUAAUACUUUCUAAUGAGUUACCUAAAGAUUGGCAAAAGCUUGCUCGUUACUUAAAUAUUAGUGAUGCUGCAAUUGAUUGUGUUGCAGAGGAGUUCUCAACUGCCAGAGAGCAAUCUUUUCAAAUAUUCAAAGAUUGGUGUAGAAAUAACCCUUAUAAACAAUGGUGUCAUAUAAAGUUGGGAUUGAGUUUUUGUGAAAGAAAAGAUGUAAUUAUUGCUUGUGAAAGAAAAUUAACUGUGCAUUCAAUAUUUGGUGUCCAGCCUUCUUCAAAAAAGUUCUUUCCUCGUGAUAAUGACCUUCAUCAAAUGCGCCAAUAUUUUCUUGAAUCCAGCAUCACAAGAAAAUUAACUUUAGUAAUAUAUGGAAUGUCUGGUGUUGGAAAAACACAACUUGCCAGAAAGUAUUGUGAAACUUAUCAUAGCUUUUAUGAAAACUACGUUUGGAUAGAUGCAGCAUUUGGAAAGUUACAAAGUUCCAUCAAUGAUCUUUAUAAUAGGUUAGGGUUUAUGAAAAAUUUAAAAGGUGAUGAAUUAUCUAUAAACGUAAUGGUUGAAAAAGUUCACAGUUAUUAUAAGAAAGAAAAGACUUUGUAUAUUUUUGAUAAUGUAGACAAUGAAACAGUUAAAAAUUUAGAAAAAUACAUUUCAAAGGAACCAAACUCAUUUACAUUGAUAACUUCACAAUGGAGAACAUGGUCGGACAAUGUGUAUCAAAUGCAAAUUAACAAUUUUUCAAAUGAAGAUGCUUUUAACUACAUGAAAAAAAACAUCGAAACAAAUGACAACGAAAAGUUAAAAGAAAUAACUAAAGAACUUGGUUUUCAUCCGUUUGCAAUCAGUCAGGCAAUAUCAUAUAUAAACAAUAACUCCGUUUCAUUGCAAAAUUAUAUAGAUAGAUAUAGAUCACAUCCUGUAGAGUUACUUAACAAUGAUGAAUUUCCAACUGAAGAAGAGUCAACAUCUACCUUGAAUGCUAUAAAUUUGGUAUUAUUAAAUUUAGAAAAAAAAAACCAUAUAGCGUUAAAUUUAUUAAACUGUUUAUCCCAUUGUGAUGGUCAAAGUAUCAGCAAACAUUUUGUAAUAAAAAUUUCAAAAGUUAUGGAUAUAAAUGAAGAAUAUAUAAUAGGUAAUGCUUUGAGAUUGCUUGUCAGUUAUUCCUUAUUAGAUCAAGUUAGCAAAAACAAAUAUACAAUGCAUGAUCUGACACAGUUAACAUGUAAAUAUUUUCAAAGUAAAAAAUGCAGUUUAGAAAUAUUCAAAGAUUAUAUUAUAAAAUAUUUUAUUUCAAAGUUAAAAGAUGUUAAAGAACAUGUUAAUUAUGGAAGUCAUUUUGUUUCUCAUUUUCUUUACAUGUUUCGCACUUCCACAAAAAGAAUGUCAGAAGCCUUUCAUCGCAUAACAAACAACCUAGCAAGUUACUUAACAUGUAAAGGCUAUUUUCAAGAAACAAUAAAAAUAUUGAAUGACAUUAAAAAGUUUAAUAUAGAGAAUCAUGGAGAAAAUGAUCAAAUAACUCUUGAAACAAAAAAUAGUAUUGGAUUUUGUUUGUUCGAAAUGGGAAAAUACAAUGAAGCUUUAGAAAUUUAUUAUUCUGUUGACAAAAUUCAAACUGAAAUUUUUGGUAUAAAUCAUCUACCAACAAUGGAAACAAAAAAUAAUAUCGGAAACUGUUUGUACAAAAUGGAAAAUUAUAAUGAUGCUUUAGAUGUUUAUUAUUCUUUUAAUAAAAUAGAGUCUGAUGUUUUGGGUAUAAAUCAUCCAUCGACAAUGCGUACAAAAAACAACAUUGGACUUUGUUUAUAUGAAAUGAAGAAAUAUAAUGAAGCUUUAGAAAUUUUUUAUUCAAUUGAUAAAUUAAAAACUGAAAUUUUGGGUAUCAAUCAUCCUUCAACCCUGCGUACAAAAAAUAAUAUUGGACUAUGUUUGUAUGAAAUCGGAAAAUGUAGCGAAGCUUUAGAAAUUUAUUACUCUGUUGAUAAAACACAAACUGAAAUUUUGGGAUUAAAUCAUCCAUCAACAAUGGUCACACAAAAUAAUAUUGGAAACUGUUUGUACAAAAUGGGAAAUUAUGUUGAAGCUUUAAAAAUGUAUUAUUCUUAUGAUAAAAUAGAAGCUGAACUUUUAGGAAUUCAUCAUCCUUCAACAAUAAAAACAAAAAAUAAUAUUGGACUAUGUUUAUACAAAAUAGGAAAUUAUAAGGAUGCAUUAGAAAGUUUUUACUCUGCUGAUAAAAUACAAUUUGAGAAUUUCAGAAGCAAUCGUCCUUCAACAAUGGCCACAAAAACACAUAUUGGACUCUGUUUAUACAAAAUGGGAAAGUAUAAAGAUGCUUUAGAAGUUCAUCAUUCUGUUGAUAAAAUACAAACUGAAGUUUUGGGAAUUGGCCAUCCAUUAACAAUAGAUACAAAAAUUAAUAUUGGACACUGUUUACAAGAAAUGGGAAAAUAUAAUGAAGCUUUAGAAAUGUAUUAUUCUGUUGAUAAAAUUCAAAUGGAAAUCUUAGGAUCCAACCAUUUAUCAACAAUAAAAACUAAAAAUAAUAUUGGUCUCUGUUUGUUCGAAAUGGGAAAAUAUAAUAAAGCUUUAGAAAUUCAUCAUUUUAUUGAUAAAAUUCAAACUGAGGUUUUAGAUAUCAGUCAUACAUCAAAAAUGGCUACAAAAAAUAAUAUUGGACUCUGUUUGCGUGAAAUGGGAAAAUAUAAAGAAGCUUUAGAAAUUCAUUGUUCUGUUGAUAAAAUUCAGACCAGUAUUUAUGGUAUCAAUCAUCCGUUAACAAUGAACACAAAAAAUAAAGUUGGGCUCUGUUUGUUUGAAUUAGGAAAAUUUAAAGAAGCUUUAAAAAUUUACUAUUCUUUUGAUGAAAUACAAACUGACGUUUUGGGAAUCCGCCAUCCAUCAACGAUAGAUACAAAAAACAAUAUUGGACUCUGCUUACAAGAAAUGGGAAAAUUUAAUGAAGCUUUAGAAAUGUAUUAUUCUGUUGAUAAAGAGAAUAGUGAAAGUGUUGGAAUCAAUUAUCAUCAAUCAUCGAUGAUCAAUCGUCAAUCAACAAUGAACACUAAAAGUAAUAUCGCAAACUGUUUGUGCAAAAUGGGAAAAUACAAAGAAGCUUUAGAAAUUUACAAUUUUAUUGAAAAAAUGGAAACUGAUAAUUUAGGAGUCUAUCAUCCGACCACAAUGGCUACCAAAAAUAAUAUUGGACACUGUUUAUGCGAAAUGGGAAAACAUGAAGAAGCCCUAGAGUUAUAUAAUUCUGUUGAUAAAGUACAAACUGAAGUUUUAGGAAUUGAUCAUCCGUCAAGAAUUAACACAAAAAACAAUAUCGGACAAUGUUUUUACCAAAUGGGAAACUAUACAAAAGCAUUAAAAGUUUAUUAUUAUGUUAAUAAAUUGCAAACUGAAAUUUUAGGAAUUAAUCAUCCGUCAACAAUGAACACGAGACACAAAAUUGGGUGCUGUUUUUACAAAAUGGGAAGUUAUAAAAAAGCUUUAAAAGUUUAUUCUUUCGUUGAUGAAAUAAAAACUGAAAUAUUAGGUAUUGAUCAUCCAUCAACAGUAGACACUAAAAACAAUAUUGGAUUAUGUAUGACCAAGAUGGGAAAAUAUAACGAUGCUUUUGAAAUUUAUAGUUUUGUUGUCAAAAUACGAACUGAAACUUUAGGAAUUAUUCACCCGAUAACAAUAAACACCAAAAGUCAUAUCGGACUUUGUUUGUACAAAAUGGAAAGAUAUAACGAGGCUUUAGAAAUUUACAAUUCCUAUCAAAUAUCGGCAUCUGAAAGUUUAGGAAUUAACCAUCCUGUAACAAUGGCCACAAAAAAUAGUAUCGGAUUAUGUUUGUACGAAAUAGGAAAAUAUAAAGAAGCUUUAGAAGUUUAUUAUUUUGUUGAUAAAAUACAAACUAAAGUUUUAGGAAUCGAUCAUACAUCAACAUUAAAUACAAAAAUCAAUAUAGGACUCUGUUUGUACGAUAUGGGAAAAUAUAAAAAAGCAUUACAAAUUUAUUACUCUGUUGAUAAAAUACAAACUGAAGUUUUCGGAAACAAUCAUUCAUUAACAAUGGCAACGAAGAAAAAAAUUGGACUAUGUUUUUACGAAAUGGGAAAGUAUAAAAAAGCUUUAGAAAUUUUUUAUUCUUUUAUUAAAACACAAACUGUAGUUUUAGGAAAGUGCCAUCCAUCAAUAAUAGACACGAAUCGUUACAUUGAAACAAUUUUACACUUGCAAAAACGAAGAAAAAAACGUAAAAAGGGUUGUAAUAUUACUUAGAUGAGGAAAGAUCGAUUUUUUUUAAAAAUAACUUGUUUUAAUACCAAUGUUACACAGUUUUGCAAUUUUUUUUUUUUCAUUUUUUUUUUUAUUGUUUUUUUUUUCAUAAUAUUCUAUGCUAUAGCUUGGUUUCCAAUAGUAACUAUUGGAAAAGCAGUUAGGCAUUUUGUUGUACAACAAUUGUUGCUGAAAUUGAUUUGAUUCUAUUUCCAAAACCUUUGUACAACCGACGUUAAAUUUCCAUUAUAAAAUAUUGUUGUACAACUUUGGUACGACAUUUCUACAACUAUAAUAGUUGUAGAAAUGUCGAUAAAAUAACUUUUAUGUUUCUUUAUAGAUAAUUAUGAGAAAAAAGGAAAAGCAAGUAAUAAAUGUUCCAAAUAAUGUUUUUUAUUUUUGCAACUUGGUUUUUAUUAUUUUUAUUAAAACUUUGUAACAAUGUAAUAUUUUAUUAAAGAUUAUAGCUUUUUAUA